AUGGUAGAAACCCGAAGAUCUCAAAAUACCGGUCACCAAACCAGAAGCCGCUCAUCAGAAACCAACCGAGCAAAUGGCCUUACCCCAUCAUCUUCCCGAGUUGGCCUAGGUCCACUUGGCGGCCAGCAGGUCGAGGAGGAGGAGCAGGUCAAGGCGGUCAAGCAGGUUGAGGCGAUCAAGACGGUCAAGGGGGUCAAUCAGGUCGAGGCGGUCAAGCAGGUCGAGGCGGUCAAGCAGAUCGAGGCGGUCAAGCAGGUCGAGGCGGUCAAGCAGGUCGAGGUGGUCAAGCAGGUCGAGGAGGACAAGCGGGUCAAGGAGGACAAGCGGGUCGCGGAGGUCGUGGUGCCCUUCCGGGAAGGGCCAGUAGCUUUGGCAGUGCUACCCAGCAGGGGUCAUUAG